AUGACGUUCGGGUUCUUCAUCGGCCUUACUUUCCCUGUUGCGAUCGCACCGAAGGUAGAGAAAGAGAAAGGUUUUGGCGGUGCUGCAAACUCCGGAUUCAGUGACAACAGCACCACGCCAAAUGCCACUUCAGGGAUUGUGAAGAUUGCAAGAAACCCUCAAGGUGCAGAAAGGCUACCACCAGGGAUUGUGGUGUCGGAGUCCGAUCUUCACCUGCGUCGGCUCUGGGGGUCCCCAAGCGAGGACACGGAGACUCGCAAGUACCUCCUGGCGCUGGCGGUAGGAUACACCGAGAGAGUCAAUGUCGAUGCAACCGUCCACAAGUUCUCCAACAACUUCGACGUUGUGCUGUUCCACUACGACGGUCGCAUGACGGAGUGGGACGAGUUCAAGUGGUCAAAGGAGGCUAUUCACAUUAGUGCCAGGAAGCAAACCAAAUGGUGGUUCGCCAAGAGGUUCUUGCACCCAAGCAUCGUUGCGCCGUACGACUACGUCUUCUUGUGGGACGAGGACCUUGGUGUCGAGAAUUUCACCGCAGAAGCGUACAUCAACAUUGUGAAGACGCAUGGGUUGGGAAUCUCGCAGCCGGGGCUGGACGUGACCAAGGGAAAGAAGCUUUACCAUGUCACUGUCAAAAGAGACGCCAGCGAGAUGCACAAGUUCGUGGAGGUGAUGGCACCGGUUUUCUCCAGGGAUGCUUGGAAAUGCGUGUGGCAUAUGAUCCAGAAUGACCUGGUCCAUGGAUGGGGCCUAGACUUCAAUUUCUGGAGAUGCGUCGAUUUUCCUGAAGAGCAGAUUGGCAUCGUAGAUGCUCAAUUUGUGGUCCAUCAUGGAGUUCCGACGCUCAGAGGACAGGGCAAAGAAAAGCAAGGAAGUAAUGCUAAGAGUAAUUUUGCUAGGCCUAAUGAGAAUGUUUUGUGUGGCUGUUCUGCCGCCGGCAGGUGA